CCAGUCUGAACGUCAGUGCAACAGCGAACUCUCAGCUGUGUCAAGUGUAUGGAGGAGAAUACUUGUGCAAUUGUGAAUUAAAAUUGUGUUCUCUGAUCUCAAAUGAAAGCAAUUGAAGUGUUGUGAUAUGAAUCGAAUGUAUGGAAAAACAGAAAAUGUUCUUUUACAGUAGUAAGAGGGCGUACAGUGAGUGGAUAUAGCUAAACCUUGGACAUAACCUUAAAGCCAUGAAUAUGGAAGGAAAUGAUGGCCAUGCUUCUGCCCCUCCAGUUCAUCCUGACGAAGACGAUGGCAACGUGGGUUAUCAUCACCAGCAGAGCAUUCCCGACAUCGCCCCGUCUCACGCCCUCUCGGAUGUGGGGACGAUGGAGGAGCAGGCGAUGGACGACGCCAAGAACCCAGGUCAGCAGGAGUCGGCGUACGGAUCCCUGGAGUCCUCAUCACAAGGCCAGUCGCAGAAAAGCAGCUACAGCGGAAGCAAAAGUCUCAACAGCGGCUCGAGUCACAGUAGUGGAUUUGGCGACCAUGCGGAUUAUAGCGAAAACAGAAUACCCAACACUGAAAUUAAGCACAAGGACCAUAAGAAGAGGAAGACGAAAGAAAAGAUAGAGAAACCACUCCCGAAAGAGAAAACGGAGAAAGCGAAGGAGGAAGAAAAGACAGAAAAGGACGUCCCUGUCGUGGAGGAAAAGGGACCCAGAUUGAUGCCUGAACCACCACCUAAUGUGAUUCGUGAAGCUGAAGAAGCUCCUCCAGAAUUCCCGUGUCACAACAAUGAGACGGAAGAGCCUAUUUUUGAACAACCUACUCUUGUUUAUACUCAAGCCCUUCACUAUAUUCGGAAAAUAAAGGAGCGUUCUGUUGAACAAGGUAUACCAUUAACCAGUCCAGAGCUACGAAAAUUGCCCAAAGACAGUAGUGAAUUUGCUGCCUUUUUGAAAAGCAUUAAGACUACAGUGGGUUUCACUGCAGCUAUUAGUAUUCAGGAUGGAACGGUACUUCAUGUGUCUCCAUCUAUUACAGAAGUCUUAGGAUUCCCAAAAGAUAUGCUAAUAGGUCAAUCUUUUAUAGAUUUUGUAUAUCCACGUGAGAUAAACUUAUCCUCCAAAAUUAUUCACGGAAUGAACCCAACUUUUGGAGCAGAAACAAUAAAAGAUUCAUCAGGGACAUCCUUCUUCUGUCGAAUGCGGAUGUAUCAUGGUUUGAAGAGCACGGGAUUUGGGGUGCGAAAUAAACAUACAUCUUAUAAACCUUGUAAAAUGACUCUAAAAUUGCAUGAUCCUUCUGAUGGUGAAGGUUCAAGUUCUGGCAACCGGAAUAUUCUUAUAGCCAGCGUUGUUCCAAUUGAAAGUGCAUACAAAGUUCCAGAGGAAAUACCCGCCUUGAGCAGCUUCAGCACACGUCAUACGGGAAGCUGCAACUUUUCAGAAUAUGAUCCAGAAGCCAUACCUUACUUAGGUCAUUUACCUCAGGAUCUCAUAGGACAUUCAGUAUUCAACUGCUACCAUCCUUUGGAUCUACCUCUUCUCAAAAGCGUAUAUGAAAGAAUUGUUACUAACCAAGGAAAGCUGUUCAAGAGCAAUCCAUACAGAUUUCGUACUUUCAACGGAAGCUUUGUCACGUUAGAAACAGAAUGGCUUUGCUUUGUCAACCCUUGGUCAAAAAAGAUUGAAUCAAUAAUUGGCCAGCAUCAUGUUUUAAAAGGUCCAGCUGAUAUUGAAAUAUUUUUGGACCCUACUGAUAAACCAAUGACACCGCUACCAGAGGAAGUUAUGAAAGAAGCCAAAAAAGCGCAAUCUGAUAUCAUAGAUCUCCUAGAUAAGCCUGUUGCUAUGUAUACAGACCCAAGCAAAGAGCCACAAGAGGUAAGGAGAAAAACAUUGGCUCAUGCUAUGACUCCUAUAGUUGAAGAGAUGGACCAUUUGGAGGAUAAAGAUAUUAAACCAGCUACAGAGAAGAAGGUUGUUCCUUCUGUGACUAGGGUUAGUGCUCAACCACCUGAUAAAUCACACCCACCUGAAGCAGCACAUCCAAGCGUUGUGGAGAAAUGUCAGGAGAGUGUCAAUUCUUCUUGUGAAUCCCCUUCCAGUUAUGGACUACUUAACUACUCAGAGACAAUCCACAGGUUUUUCCGGAGUCAGCCAAAGACUGCUUCUUCUGAUGAGAGUGGAGACAGUAAGAUGGAGGUUUCUCGUGGUGAUAGUACAGCUGGAUCUGGAAAGCAUAAGCAGUCACAGACAAAUUCACAGUCUCAGUCUUGUUCUGGAUCUGGAGAUAAUUACUGUGAUAACACCAGACAAUCAGAUAGCACUGGAAAUGGAAGUGGGAGUGGAGACACAGGAAGAACCUCCAGUCUUGGACGAUCAUAUCGGCAUGUUCAACUUACAGAGGAAGUGUUGUCAAAGCACAAUCAUGACAUGCAAAAGAUGUUUAUGCAGAGACAACGCACUGGAGGAAAGGCACCCAAAGACAAAUUAAAAAGCACUAAGAAGGCAACUAAGAGACCUACUGAAAGGCAUCAUGGAGUGAAGAGGCCAUCAACAGCUUUAGAGCAUGAGUCAAGUGCACACAAACAGGCAUUUAUUGCCCCAUCAGCAGUAGAGACAGGUCAACCGCUAAAACCACCUACAACUGAUGUUUGGCCACGCACAGAUAACACCUCAUCUGUACCUCGCUGUGGAGCUAAUGGGCCAACUGUAGAAAGCAACGUUGGCCGUGCUAGCAGGUUAACAGCUCCAUCAUUUCCUGGUAUUGUGCCAGGAUUUUAUCUACCAACAAGCUCACCUAAUUUGUCUUCUAUACCCUCCAUGGAUAGCAUGACAAUUCCUCAACCACCUGGCCCAACUAUAGUUAUGCAGCACCAACAACCAACUUUUCUACAACCACAAGUUAAUGGAGCUUUCUUCACCAGCCCUGGUUUCAGUAGGUGCCUGCCUUCAUCACUUCCCAACUACUCUAGUGUGGCAGUACCUCUACAAUACAUGGGUGCUUUCCCUGGUGUGAUGUAUCAGCCUGUAGGCCCUCCACUCUUUAAUGCUCCACCUCUUAUGCUUCCUAAUGUAGUUUAUCAGCAUACUGUUGUUCAACCACCUAUUGGCCAAGUGUCUAUUCCACAACAGUCUGAUGGAGAAAAACGUUCUGGUGCUGAAAGUGAACAAGAAAUAGAAACAGGCAAGAGACUUGCUACAAAACGUCCAAUUGUUCAUUUGCAUCGUCCAGACUCCCAAGCUACUUCAGUGAAGGCAGAACCUGGGUCUGCUCGUGGCAGUAAUGCAUCUGCGUCUGGAAAACUAAUAAGUACUCAUUCUCUUGCUGCCGAAAGCAUUCGCUCGUACUUAGAAGACGCUAAUCAGAUGUCUCCUGGCUGUGCACCCAAGGAUAUUGAGAAUCGCCGUGCCUCAUCACAGGUGUCGCAGUUGUCGCAGUCUACUAGCGUUCAGGCCGAAGCAGAGAGCAUUGGGUCGCCAGGGAAACAGGAGAAAAUGAUUAUUGGAGACCAAGGGCCCAGAGUAGCGGGAUCCAGGUAUAGCGAUAUGGUAAUGUCUGCUUCAAGUUCAAACUACUCAUCAAGGGAAUAUAAAUCUACUGAUGACAGCAUGCAAAAUGUAUCUGAAAACUCUGAAAAUAGUGAGGCAUCUCAUUCAGAUGCAAGAUGGAAUAUACCUCGCUCAAAGUGUCCUCGCCCUAUUUUAAAUAACCCACAAUGGUUAGAAGAUGUAAAGGUGACCCCAGAACUUUUGUACAAAUACCAACUAGAAACUAAGGAACUAGUUGAUGUUCUCAGACGUGAUAUGGACAUGCUCAAGAGAACAAAGCAGCCCUCUUUGGUGGAUGACCAGCUCUCAUCUUUAUAUAAUGAGCUUGAACUGGAUGGGUCCAACCCAGAUUUGCAUCUUGAAGAAGGUGUUACGUCAUCCUCUGGAGAGGAACAAGCUGGACCAUCUGCUCAGGAAAAUAUUCCAAGAAAGAAGAAAACUUCAACAUACUACAGUAGAAUUGCUAUGCUCCAUGAAGAAGAUGCCCCAAUGCCUCCUCAUGAUGCUUUGAAUUGUAGGGAGCAACUUCCUGCAGAGUCUUCAUGUUACUCAUCUUGAGUUGCAAUUGUACAGUAUACUACUGUACAUGUUACUGUUGUUGGAUUUGACAACUCCAAUUUUUUAACGAUAUUGCUGAGUUUAGGAAGUUGAUGGAAAAGCCAACCAAAAUUACUUUCACUAGGCUCAUGUAUUUUGGUCAGUUAAAUGUUCAAUUUUUUCAAACUAAACUUGAUCAGUUUUUCCAGGAAUCACAAGUUUAUCUUGUUUAAGAGAAUGGUAGAUUUUUCUUUAAUGUUGUUACUGGAAAAAAUAUUCAUUACUGCAUCACUUCAUUCCACAUACAUAUUUCAUUUACAAAGGAGAGACCUGUUGGUGUCACAGGUUACAUUUAUUGCAUGUUAUACGAUAUGCCUACUCUUACAAAUGAGUAAAGUAUUUCAGUUUUUAUCAACCCUCCCCACAAUCUCAUUUUGUGUAAUAUCUGCAUGAUAAAAAAGAAAUCGGAGAAUAUUACACAGUGUAUAUUUUUAACCCGUUAAUAUAGUAGUCGGAGAUAUAUAUUGCCAUUUUGCUUGUUAUUGUUGCUGAAAGGUAUAAUAUGUUCAAAUAAAUAGGCAACACACACAUACCUACUCUAUUUCAAAAGUUAUGUGGAGAGGGGUUUCAGUAUCAAAAAUGUAUUGUCAUGUUUCAGACAAAAUUACAGUAAAGUACUACAUGCUUUUUUUUUGCAAGCAGUAAGUUAAUGUGCAUAAUAAACAAGUGUACUGUCUUUUAAUGACGAAACAUUUAGAACUAUUACAGAUUUUGUUGGUUUUAAGAAAUUAUAAGAUAAGUAAUAAAUUCCAGAUAUGUAAUAAAUUCACCAGAAUAAUUUUUCAACUAUGUCAUUUGGGCCAUGCAUAACAGUUUGAUGAAUUUUAUCAUCUUUUUUUUCAGCAUAUGUAACACCUUUAAAUUAUAUAGCAUAUUAUAGUCCUAUUACCUUUCACAGUCAUAGAACUAUUUUUUCAUUUAUCUUGAAAUAUUUGUUUUGCUGGUCAAACUACAAUAUCUUUUAAGAUUGUAAAUGGAAAAAAGAAAAAAAAAUGGUAGUUUUGUUAACUUUAAAAUGAACCCUUUCAUUGUCGUUGGCUUUUACAGUAUCAAACCCCAGUACACUGUAAUCUAUAGUUGAAGCAGUGAAAUACUUUAGGUAAGAAUGUCAAUGUAGAGCCUUUUAAGUUUCUUUGUAAAAUGCUACAAGUCACUUUUGUUAAUAGUUUUUGUAACAAUUUUAGAAAUUAUUUCAAUUUAUUGUUACAUAAAAUCUUAUGGACUUAUUGUAUCUUAGAAAAAGAGGAUACAGCAAUUCAUUCCCUGACUAAGUCUUAUUAUUAUUUACAGUCACUGUUUUCAUUCAUUUCAUCAUGCCAUAUGAAUAUAAGUACUACUAUAUAUUUCCUAAAUAAUGUAACCAGUGAAAAUAUAUUUUAUUGAUACACAAUUUCACGGUAAAUAUUUUUGUAAAAACUGUGUAUGAGAAUGUGAUGGAUCUCAAUACUUUAUGUAAAACUGAAGGUAAACCUUAUUUAUAUCUAAUUCAUGCUUCUGGUUCUUUUUUUUCUGGUGUAUAAAAAUAAGCUUCUGAGUUUGCAAACCCUGUAUGACAUAGUCUGUCUCUAUCUUGUCAAAAAAUAAUGAUCAACAGAGCAUUUACAAACUUGAGAUAUGAAACUGCGAAGCAAAUUAUGUCAACCUACAUUUAGUAUGGAUGCCACCCAACCAAAGUAUGAUUAAGAAUAUGAAAAAUUUAUAAGAGAACACAAUUUCAGUUACUGUAAAAAAACUAAAGAAAACAGAAGUGGUCAACUUACUUUUGAGACUUGUGAAGUAGAAUGGUAAUUAGUGGAAAUAUACAGUAAACUUCUAAGAUCUAAGAGAUGUAGUAUAUAUUCUCAGUAAUAUAUAAUUGAUUUUAGAUUUUAUAAAAUUAUUUGAUCACUUCAGGGAUUCUUCAAGGGUGUUAAAAUUGCCUUCUUUAUCAAUUUUUCAUAUUCCAAUCUUGACUUCAAGUAAGAUGGAUCUUUAAUGAAUGAGUGGUAAGUGGAGGUAAUUUACUUUACAGCUUACAUGUCUCAAGUUUAUUAACAUUAUUUUGUUUCAUUAUAUUUUUUAUCAUAUUUUCCUUGUAUAUUUCCUUUGACUCUAACAUAAGAGCAAGAACAGAAUGGAUAAAUAAAUUGAUGGAAUGUUAAUGUGUUUUAUAGUAAAUAUAUAUGCAUCAAUUGGGUUAGUUACCCAAUCUGUUAGAAAUUGUAAGUGAAAUGAGUACUGUACAGUUUAAUACUAUAGCAUAUAUUGUUGAUGGUAUAAAGUUUUCUUGUAACUACUGAAUACUGUACCUAGAUGUACUAUCACGACUGCUGGCUCAUAAAGUUUUUCUAUAAUUUUACUAGACACCUAUAAUUUCUACCAUGAAUGCUAUGCCAAGAAAGACAACCAAAAAUUUAAAAUAAAGGAAGAAAAGUUUAAAAACAAUUUUACCUGAAGCCACACUUAAAGCACACUUAGGAUUUUAUUAUUCUCUAUGAAUUGUUUGGUAAGGAAAUAUGGUUUUGUAGUUCUGUGGAUAAAAGUACAAAUUUGUAUGGCUAGAACAGGGUAGUGAAUAAUGUACAAAACAUGCAACACUCACCGAGUAUUUCAGUUCAAGAGCCGGAAGCUGAGUUGAAACUUACCUUUUUAUAAAUUGACUGUGAAAGAAUUGUGCUGUGUAAUUCAGAUAUGGCAGUAAUAUUUGUACAGCAGUGUUGUAUAUGAUUAGAUUUUGUAUGUAUGUAAACAAAAGAUAUAGAUCCUGUAUAUGUUUUAAACAAACCUAUUUUCUUUGAAUAGGGCAUUAUCAAUUCUUGUGAAAAGAUUUACUGAGGAGAAUGAGGACAAUGGACCAUUUUGUAAAAUAGUUAAAAUUUUCCUUUAGUCUGUAAAGCUAUGAAUUUUGAACCCUGUAUUUUAUUCAGUUUUGUACUGCUUUUCUUAUUAUGGCUUAGAUGAAAUCUAAGCUCAUUUACCCCAUCCUGGUAGUGCAAAGCAUACCAUAUCCAACUAUCCUUUUAUCAUUGUAGUGGCUAACCUGACUCAACUAGCAUUCAAAAGAGAUUGGACUUUCCAAGUACGUAUAUAUAAUUUAUGUCUGAUUUAGGCAUUCAGACCCCUUUUCUGAUGUAAAAUUGCUUGUAAUUGCUCUAAAAUUAAUUUCCACUUUACAAGUUCAUUACUAAACCAAAUUCGUGUAUUAGAAGCUGCUGCAGGUUGGCAGUUAAAAGGGAUUUUGACGUAGGAAAAAUCUAUUUCUGGGCGAGGAAGCCGUGUCGCUCCUGUGAAAUGUGUCUGCUACAUGCUAAAUUCCCAUGGAAAGGGUUCAAUAUUCAGUUUCACUGCAAAUAUGAUUAAUAAAUAAUUUUAUACAAAA